UUUCUCUUUGUCCUCAUUUUUUUCUGCUAAAAACAGUGAUGCCCAAAGCUUCAUAAGCAAACAAAAGAAAGCCAGGAGGAAAGAGAAGGCAGCGGUUUAAUAAUAUAGGAAGAACUUACUGUUGUUGAAGUGAAGCUCCUGCCAUGGCUACUAGCGGCAACAACUCAUUGGAUUCAUCACUGCCCACCCAAAGAUUGGCGGGGAAAGUGGCAUUGGUCACUGGGGGAGCAUCUGGCAUCGGCGAGGGCAUUGUUCGUCUAUUUCACAAGCAUGGUGCCAAAGUCUGCAUAGUUGAUGUGCAAGACAGCCUUGGCCUCCAAGUCUGUCAAUCCCUUGGGGACGGCCUGGACGUUUGCUUUUUCCAUUGCGAUGUGACAAAGGAGGAAGAAGUUCGGUGCGCGGUCGACUUUGCAGUAGACAAGUUUGGUAUGCUCGAUAUCGUGGUCAACAAUGCCGGAUUAUCAGGUCCACCGUUUGGUGAUAUCCGUGACUAUGAUUUAUCUGAGUUUGAGAAGGUGAUGGAUGUGAACGUGAAGGGUGUCUUCAUCGGAAUGAAGCACGCUGCUAGGAUUAUGAUCCCUCGUGGAAAGGGUUCCAUAGUUUCUCUGUGUAGUGUUUCGAGUGUCAUUGGAGGACUCGGACCGCACUCAUACACAAGCUCCAAACAUGCUGUGUUAGGCCUGACCAAGAACGUUGCAGCUGAGUUAGGCAAAUAUGGGAUACGUGUGAAUUGUGUUUCCCCGUAUGCCGUCCCGACCGACUUGGCUUUCGCUCACUUGCACGACGAUGAAAGAACCGAGGACGUGCGAGAAGGUUUUCGUUCUUUCAUCGGGAGAAAUGCGAACUUGAGUGGGGUGGAAUUGACAGUGGAUCAUGUAGCAAAUGCGGUUCUGUUCUUGGCAAGUGAUGAAGCAGGGUAUAUAAGUGGGGACAAUCUUAUGGUUGAUGGUGGCUUUACAAUAUCAAACCACUCACUGCGCGUCUUUAGAUGAGUAAUUGUGAAAUUCAGAUAUGAAGUAAUUAAGAAAGGUUGAUUAGUGUAACUUUGAUUGUUGCAGGCUAAGUUCUGUCAGUUCCUUGAUAAGAACCUAAAUCUAUAAUAUUCCUUUCCAAUAUAUAAAUAAAACAGGUGGAAUUGUUAAUGUAGUA